AUGAAAAACCACACAGUACCCACUGAAUUCAUUCUUCUAGGGCUGUCAGAUGACCCAGAGUUUCAGAUUGUGAUUUUUCUCUUUUUAAUUAUCACAUAUAUACUAAGUAUCACUGGAAAUUUGGCCAUCAUAACUCUGACCUUGGUGGACUCCCAUCUACAGACCCCUAUGUAUUUCUUCCUCAGGAACUUCUCCAUAUUAGAAAUAUCCUUUACAACUGUCUGUAUUCCUAGGUUUCUGGGCUCAAUUAUCACCAGAGAUAAAACAAUUUCAUACAACAAUUGUACAGCUCAGUUGUUUUUCUUCAUCUUCAUGGGCAUUUUAUUUUUAUCUUCUAUCAUAUCUUAUCAUGAAUUUUAUCUUCUAACCGCCAUGUCGUAUGACCGGUACGUGGCCAUCUGCAAGCCCCUGAGUUAUGCGACCAUCAUGAACGAAAGAGUCUGCGUAUUGCUUGUCUUUUGUGCUUGGCUGGCAGGAUUCUUAAAUAUCUUCCCACCAGUUAUUCUUUUUCUCCAGUUAGAUUACUGUGGCUCCAAUGUCAUUGAUCACUUUGCUUGUGAUUAUUUUCCCCUCUUGCAAUUAUCCUGCUCAGACACAUGGCUCCUAGAAGUGAUUGGUUUUUAUUCUGCAAUAGUGAUUCUGCUUUUCACAUUGGCAUUAAUAAUUCUAUCCUAUAUGUUCAUCGUUAGGACAAUUCUGAAACUGCCUUCUGCCAGUCAGAGAAAAAAGGCAUUUUCUACAUGCUCCUCUCACAUGAUUGUCAUUUCCAUCUCUUACGGAAGCUGCAUAUUCAUGUAUGCUAACCCCUCAGCAAAAGAAAAGGCAUCAUUCACCAAAGGAGUAGCUAUUCUGAAUACUUCUGUUGCUCCCAUGAUGAAUCCAUUCAUAUAUACCCUAAGGAACCAGCAGGUGAAGCAAGCCUUUAAGGACACUAUCCAAAAGGCUAUGUUUCUCUCUGGUAAAUGA